AUGAGAAGAAGAAUUGGCGGUGAAGUUCAGAGCGCCCAAUCCAAAGUUCCUGAAAUCAAGAGAGUUUACGAUUUUCUUCUCGAAAAAGAAAAAACCUCUGCACCUUCAUCUUCUCCUUACGUGGAGUUUUCCAAAGGCGUCAAUGGUCUCGAGAAGGUUAUCCUCCGCGAAUCACGUGGCUCCUCUGCCGAGGUGUAUCUGUACGGUGCUCACGUGACUUCGUGGAAGAACGACCAUGGCGAGGAGUUACUUUUUCUCAGUAGUAAGGCUGUAUUUAAGCCUCCAAAGGCAAUUCGUGGAGGGAUUCCAAUUUGCUUUCCUCAAUUUGGAGGCCUUGGCACCCUUGACCAACAUGGAUUUGCUAGAAAUCGAUUCUGGACCAUUGACGAUGAUCCUCCUCCUUUUCCAACUAAUACAUUGAGCAAAGCCUUUGUUGAUUUGAUACUUAAACCCUCUGAAGAAGACUCGAAAAAUUGGCCUCACAGUUUUGAAUACCGUCUUAGGAUAGCUUUGGGACCAGGAGGAGAUCUGAUGUUGACAUCACGGAUCAGGAACACAAACAGCGAGGGAAAGCCAUUUUCAUUCACCUUUGCAUAUCAUACGUAUUUCUCUGUAUCAGACAUAAGUGAAGUUCGAGUGGAGGGAUUGGAGACCCUGGAUUAUCUUGAUAAUUUGCAGAACAGGGACCGCUUUACUGAACAGGGGGAUGCUUUAACGUUUGAAUCAGAGGUUGACAAGAUAUAUCUCAGCACUCCCACAAAGAUUGCAAUUAUUGAUCAUGAAAAGAAGAGAACAUUUGUUGUGCGUAAAGAUGGCCUUCCUGAUGCUGUCGUGUGGAAUCCUUGGGAUAAGAAAGCAAAGGCCAUGGCUGAUUUUGGUGAUGAUGAGUACAAGUAUAUGCUCUGUGUAGAGGCUGCUGCUAUUGAAAAGCCUAUCACUUUGAAACCUGGAGAAGAAUGGAAAGGAAGGUUAGAGCUUUCAGCUGUUCCCUCUAGUUAUUGCAGUGGACAACUUGAUCCUCAGAGAGUUCUUCAGGGAAGCUAA